AUGAUUCCCUUGUAUAUAUAGUAUGAGAAUCAACAAGAGCCUAAUAUAUUGAACAUACCAAAAUAGAUUUGUUUGUUCCCAAAUUAUAAUCAAAAUACGAGAGAAAUACAAAGGCGCUACUAGGUAAUAGAAAAAUUCCUGAAAGCCCUACACUAAUUGUAGAUUGCCCAAAGCUAACCUAACAAAUCUAUAAAAUAUCCUAUUUUAAUAUAAAUGUCAUCUGAUCACAUUAUGGUUGAUUUUGGAAAAUUAAAAACUGAUACCUGUGGCAUAGGUGAGUUUAUCUUUUCGCCUCAAAACUAUUAUGUUCCUUGCUAUCAUACUUAGGCUAUUCCUCAGUGUCCUAAGAUAUAACUCCCUAUUCAAAAGAAAAGAUAGAUAAGUUUUAUGUAGGAUCAGAAAGACUCAAAAAAUAUACCGAAAAACUACUGUAAAAGCAUAAUAACCUUUGCAUGUAAGAAUCAAGAUAACCUUUGUCUUGAAAUUUUAAAAGACUAGUUGAAGGUUGUGAAAUUUGUAGAUAAGAUCUCCCAGUAUAAAAAACAAUUACUAAAUAUUAAGAUUUUUAGUAAUUUAUUGUAAAAGUCUGAUGAUCCUGAGGAAGAGGAAUAUAGAAGAGCAUUUCGCAUAAUUAGUCAAAUCUUUAUAAAGAAAUAGGCUAUUAAUUAUAUAUUUAAUUCGAAAAUUGUCUAAUACAAUUGGCAUAUGAGAUAUAGAUUAUAAAUAUAUAAGGGGGUGAAGGAUCCUGACCAUUUUUCUCACUUAAAGAAUUUGUGA